AUGUCCGCACCCCAGCCCACGUCCGACCGCCAGACCCGCUCGCAGGCCGCCGCGGCGCAGCAGCAAGCCGGCGGCCAGCACCACGGCCACCACCACGGCGGACACCACGCCGCUGCGGGCCAGCAGACGCAGGGCGAGAUCGCGCCCGGUACGGGCAAGAACCACCACCAUCACCACGGGGAGGGGCACACGCCCGGCUCGCACCUCGACCACAAGGACGGCAAGUAG